GAGAGAGAGAGAGAGAGAGAAAAGGGAGGGAGAGACUAUCACAGAGGAGUGAUAUAAGGAGCUCACUGUGUAAAUGCUGAAUCCAGAUUCAUCCAGUUGAGACAUCCCACAUCUCGGCGUUCCAUGCAGGUGAGCACGAACGAACGAACACACACACACACACACGGGAUCACAAAAUGAAAGUAUUAACCAUCUCAGUCUUUCUCCUGCUCGGGUUACAUAUGGGAGAUGCGAUUCCGUCAAACCGCGGGUCCUGCUAUAAAAAGAUAGUGAAGGAUAGAAACUGCCAUGACAUUGGACUGGAGAGGAUGAGACCCAUCGACUCACUACAAAACCAUUACUGGGAGGGCAAUGAGUGUGACGUGGUGUGUUACUGCAACUUCUUCGAGCUGCUCUGCUGCCCCAGAACCGUCUUCUUUGGGUCGAAAAUCUCCUUUGUGAUCCCAUGCAAAACUUCUGAAACUGGACCAAAUGUCAAAGCAGCGGAAUAACAUUCUGUGCUAAUUCUGUUAUAAAACAUGCAGUAUCUAGUUUCAUGUAAAUCUGCUUGGUCGCGGUUUGUGCACAGUCUGUCCUCUUUUAUGGCAGUGUGUCCCAUUCUGGAGGUAUACUGGUCAUGUACUAACCCUAAUCUAACACAUAUGAUAAACAUAACUAAACCCUGUCCCAACCAACAUAUCACUACACUAACUAGCAUAUUGUUUAUAUUAAGACAUGCUUAUAUGCAGUUUCGUGUAUUAGACCCAGCUGUGAUGCAUGAGGAUGAGCUCUAAACUGGUGGCUAAGAUUAUACCGUCCUGCCUUUAUACUGUUCAAUUCUCAAAUCAACUCAGACAUGUAGACCUUACAGAAAUUACCAUUAAAGUCAUUUCUACAAUCCAUUUAAAUGGCGUAACCCAGUAAAAAACAGACUAUUAUAAUUAGGUACGGGGUAUUGUGCUCAGGCUGAUGCUUGUCUGAUUUUAGACAAUGCAGCUUUGAAGGAUUCAUUACACAUCUGAUAAAUACAAAGCCUUGAACUGUAUAAACUUUAUUAAAUAAAACCAACAGCAUUGAAUGUGA